GAGAGAGAGAGAGAGAGAGAGAGAGAGAGAGAGAGAGAGAGAGAGAGAGAGAGAAGGAGAGAGAGAAUAUACAACCAAAAUGUAAUAACCUUUCAAACAUUGCCCAAAUCAUCCUUUUGAAAGGAAACUCACAAAUAACGAUAUUUCCGACCAUUUUUUUGCUUAAAAAAUAAAUAAAAAUAAAUAAAAGGAACAUCGAUAUAAUCUGCAGUUAAAUCCAAUCUGUUAGUAAACCUCUUGAACCGAUCCGCUAUAUAUUCACUGGCCACAGAGUGCUUUGUAUACCCAUUUAAUACCCAAACACCCACACACAUUUUUUGCUUCCUCCCAAGGAUAACACCGAAAAGAAUUGCGAGCAAUUCAAGACAUUUUCAGACCUCUGGACAUACACGCGGCCUUCCUGAUUUUAUUACCGGAAACAAUUCCUUACUUAUGCCUUACAUAAAAAGACGCCUUAAGUUUUAGGUGAAUUAAUUUAGCCAUAAAAUACGAAAGUCUACGCGGGAAUAGAAGCGCUUUCUUUGUUGUAGCCGUGGAGUGAAGAGGCGAAUUCUUGAGGGUGGUUCCUGUCAAGCGCUUUGCCGGCGAAAAGAUUGAUCACCACUGCUUCUUCACUACGGAAUAUAGCCCAUGUGUUAUUCUCUCUCUCUCUCUCUCUCUCUCUCUCUCUCUCUCUCUUUUGAAAACAUCACUAUUUAAAUUUUAUCAACCAAAUUUUAUAUCGAACCAUUCCACCAAAGUUUAAGUACAACGUAUUUUUUCUCAUGCGGGAUGGUUCGACAACAAAAAACAAACAAAACAAAACCUCUACUAUAUCUCAUUGAACAUAUGCUAGCCUAUGGCAUAAUACAACCUUUUUAAAUUUUACAACUGUUUAAAACGGGUUUAUUAUUAUUAUUAUUAUUAUUAUUUAUAGAAACUAUAAUUUUGUAACAAUAAAAUUUGUGCAACUUCACCUUAACAUCAAAAUAAAUAAAAACUGAGUAAAUAUCGUUUGAAAUAAUGAUUUUAAAUUUAGCUGCAAACUUACAUGCACAAGGGUCCCCAGUUUUAGAAGUCUCAUAGCAGUCAUAGGAAAGCUGUAAAUUAGUCAAUCUAGGCUACACAAUGCUUAUUCGAGGCGCUCUAUGUAAUGUUCAGCCUCUAAAAUCUCUCAGAAACAUCCCAGUUUGUUUAGCCUACACAGGAGAAAUAGUAUAUAUACACACAUACACAUAGAUAUUGACAGCGUAUAGAUACAGUUCUUGUCUGUUACUCUUGUCAAAACUUUUAAGAUUAAUGACCAUGUUAAAAUUCGCAGUUAGCCAUAUUGUGGAUAUGCUUUUAACAGGCAUUUAAGGCCUCAGGCUUACAUCACCCAAAUCCCUUUAUUCAUAUGGCUAUUGUCUAAAUGAAGACGUUACUUAACCACCCACACCUUUGGACACUCAAGCACAUGGCAACCGUACGCAGUUUGAUUAUAUACACCGAACGUGGGAAUUAUGUGAUCUUGAAUAUUUGAUCUAUAUAGAAAAUAAUACUUUCUUUUACCACCAGGCCCCGUAUUUCCAUUGGUUGCGACUAGUCAUGUGACCAGGAAUUGGCUGCAAAUUCGCCCAUAGUCCUCAGCUUAGUAGACUCUGGUCCCCAUACGCUAGUAAUAUCACCAAUUAUUAAAGCCUGCAAAAACAGUCGUGGGGAGAGCGCUAAAUAAAACCGCGCAUUUUGGAUGUUAUUUUUGUGUAUUUUUUAUGACGCUGGCCGCCCAUUUUGCUUAGGCAAAGCGAUGAAUUUUGAAUUUGAGAGGGAGAUUGGGUUUAUCAACAGCCAGCCUUCCCUUGCUGAGUGCCUGACGUCUUUCCCCGCUGUCCUGGAGUCAUUUCAAACUUCAUCAAUCAAGGACUCGACAGUAAUUCCACCUCCUUUCGAACACACUAUUCCCAGCCUAAGUCCUUGCACAGGCAACCAGGCGCGACCGAGGAGCCAUAAGAGAACCGCCUCUAAUGGCCUCCAGCUCCGGUCGCAAACCACGCCAACGCAGCAGAAGCAGGUCCCGGCUUCAGCCACGACCGGCGGCCCCCUUGCACACGAGUUCCCAUGGAUGAAGGAAAAGAAGUCGUCGAAGAAAUACCCCAAGCCUGGAGCAGCACCCACUGCACCCACUGCAGCUGCCUCUCCCUCCCCAGCAUCAUCUGGUUUCAAUACCGCAGGACUAGAGUCCCCCACAGAAAUCCAAGUCGGGUUGGACAAUGGCAGUGGUUCUCGUCGUCUGAGGACAGCAUACACCAACACACAACUACUCGAACUGGAGAAGGAGUUCCACUUCAACAAAUAUCUUUGUCGGCCCAGAAGGGUCGAAAUUGCAGCCCUUUUGGAUCUAACCGAACGCCAGGUCAAAGUGUGGUUUCAAAACCGUCGCAUGAAACACAAGCGACAAACGACGCACCACCGAGACGGACAAGAAGGCGAGUCUAGCGCUUUCGAGCCACUCGAAGGCUCAGACGCAGCCUCGCCUUUCCCUAACCCGCCACCGGAGACGUCCGGUCCGGCAGCAUCCAGUUCUAGUUCGGCCAGUACAUCCGAGAGUGAGCCGUCGCUUUCGGCUUCUUGCUUCAGUAACGGUGCUGACAAUACCCACCCCACGCCUGAUGAAAGUCAGCCAAUUCAGACCAAGUCGGCAGAUGGCCCUGACACAGCGGUUCACUCACCCACGUACCCGACACCCACAGCCGAUAUCCCCCGUACAAUAGUGGAGCCGCACAAGGAAAUGCCAGAGAACGCCUUCACACAGCCGCAGGACGCCAACUCACUAGCGGACCUGAAUUUCUUUUCCGCUGACUCCUGCCUACAGAUUUCGGACGCUUUAUCGCCCAGUCUGCAAAGUUCGCUGGAUAGUCCCGUAGACUUUUCCGAAGAGGAUUUUGACUUGUUUACAAGUACUCUUUGUACUAUAGAUUUACAACAUUUACAAUUUUGACCGACUUAAAAACAACAACUGAAAUGUAUCUCGACACACUAGCCUGUUAUGAAUAACAACAUUCUCACAAAAGAAGGAAUCAAAUAUUUUUAGGUUACAUACUCUUAUGCAUAGCUGCAAGACGGAGCUGUAAAGGAGAAAAAAGACAUUACAGUAUUAUAAUGAUGGUCCAAACUGGGAUUGCUAUUGUCCAGUUUCAGGUAUCAUCUCCUCUGUUUAUAUGGAUUUUGCUUCAUCCUGAAUGAUGGAUAAAUAUGCGGGGAUUUUUUUUUCCAAGUUAAACCCAAUCGUUGAAUUCUCAGGAAAGUCAAACAUUAUGUUAGCUGAACUGCUUUUAGAAUUUUUUUCUUUUCCAGAGACGGGCGAUGUGCCCGCUGAUGAAUUUUAGAACUAGUUUAUUUAUUGAGAUUCUUUAAUAGUAAAUUACAAAUUAUUUAUUGUACAUUAUUUUCAUAGUUGAAAAUAAAACAUUUAUAAGUGUAA